GUUACUGCAUUGUUCAGCUCGACUCGGAUAUCUCUUUAAUCAUCUUUGGUAAGCAAGAGGAUGAACAAUUCAUGUGUCAUCAUCGACCAAAUUGAAGUGGUAAAUCUUCCGACGACCAUAAAAUGUGCGAUUGGCCUCGUGACUGUUGCGUUACUUUUAUUCGGGAUCAAAUUGAAGUUGUUGCUCUUUCAAUUCAUGAGGACCCAGGGCAAAGGUCGGAGCAUCAACCAAAUGAUCCUUUUGGAUCAGCUUCUCACUUUUGGGUGCGUUUAUGUGAUGGUUUCUGAGCUAUUCUUCAUUGCCCAAUGGAUACCUGGACCAAGUUUGAUGUGGAACUACUUCUGCUCCUCUGUAGACCUUGUGUUCAUGUUCAACCUCAUUUAUGGAAAUCUCGGCGGUUGCGGCAUAACCUUUUUCAGAAUCCUAUUUAUAAACCAGAAAAUGAUCAGCAGAAACGGCUCAAGCAGGGCUCGAAUCAUCUCGCUUUCAAUUAUGACGGCCACGGUGUCUACAGCACUCGUUUGUGCCACCUUGAAUUUUACAUUCCCUGUCUAUGGCAACAAUUACCAUCAUCAACUGUGUUUGGAAACAUAUGACCGCGUCCGACGAUUUGACAGCUUGGCCAACAUUGGAAUGACCAUGAGGAGACUCCAAUUCGGGGUGGUCGCUUUGGCCAAUUUGGUGGAGGUGGGCUGUUACUCUUACUUUGUCGUUUUCUUAACCAAGCAUCACAGGCAAACCCUCAAGCUCAUGGUGGGCCGGACGGGGGAUUAUGUUGCCCGAAGGAAACGGCAAUAUUCCCUGACAAUGGCCAGUCAUUUCUUGGCUUGGAUCUCAGAAGUUUUGAUCCUUGUGGUGAUCUAUUUGGGGGCUUUAGGAGGAAGUCCGUCCUAUCGUCACCUCAUUGUGGAAGUGUCCCAACUCACCCUUCCGCUUGUCGACUUCACUGUUCUUCCAUUUAUUCAAAUCUUAAGCUCCUCGGACUUCAGACAGAGGUUGUUUACCCUGAGUACAUAA